AUGCCAGCAGAUGAGGUACAAGAAACUCCACAGGAAGAAAUAGUUCAGAUACAACCAGACAUGGAAGAAAUAGUUCAGCAACAACAGCUAGAAGAGCCUGAAGGAAACGAACAAGUCCCUCCUUUGGAAACUAACUUCACAGAACUAGAUGAAGAUUUGGAACAGCCGAAAAAUCUUGACCUCAACAAGAGUAUGCGGAGAAUAUGGAAUAUUUUCAAGAGUCUAAAAAAAAUUCGGCUGACAUAG